AUGAACGAGCUGGUGAAGAGUUUGCCCUCACCGACUCUCCCGGGGCUCCAUCUCCAGUGUGUGGAUGCCUGCAAAGGCUGGCUCUUUAAAUGGACCAACUACCUGAAGGGCUACCAGCGGCGGUGGUUCGUGCUCAGUAACGGCCUGCUGUCCUAUUACAGGACUCAGGCAGAGAUGGCGCACACUUGCCGAGGCACCAUUCCAUUGGCAAAAGCGCACAUCGAGGUAGGUGACACCUGCCAUUUGGUGUUAACUAGCGGGGGCCGAAGCUACCACCUGAAGGCAACUUCUGAAGGAGAGUGUCAGCGAUGGGUGUCGGCCCUGCAGCAAGCUAAGGCCAACGCCACUCUCCUAAUGCAUCACUCUGAUGACUCAGGAGAUGAAGCCCCCGUGCAGCAGGAGGACCGAACCCUAACCCAAGGGGUGCUCAAGACUCUAGCCAACAAGCUGGAUGACCUGAGCACCUGUAAUGAGCUGAUAGGAAAGCACGGUGCCGCCCUCCAGCGCUCCCUCAGCGAACUCGAGGAACUCCGCGGAUCCUCUGACAGCACAGACAAAGUGAAAGCUGUUAAUGAGCGAGCGACCCUGUUCCGCAUAACUUCCAAUGCUAUGAUCAAUGCUUGUCGUGACUUUCUGGACGUAGCAGAAUCUCAAAGCCGGAGGUGGCAGAAGACCCUGCAGUAUGAGAGAGAGCAGCGUCACCAUCUGGAGGAGACCAUCGAACAGUUAGCCAAACAGCACAACAACCUAGAAAGAGCCUGGAGGGAGAAUCCCAGCUCGUAUACAGGUGUGGAGAGGUCUCAGGAGGGGGAUGCGAGUGAUGAGAAUGACGAGGCCGAAUUCUUUGAUGCCAUGGAGGAGUCCCCUGCAUUCAUAACUGUGACUGCUACUAGAAACAUAAAACACAAGCGCUCAGGGAGUAAUCAGAGUAUGAUGAGUGGAGGCGUGCCUAAUGACUGGACUCACAACGAGAACGACACCUCAGGCACAAACCACAUGCAGCUACGAAGAACAAGGCGCAUCCGUAUUCCUGACAAACCUAAUUACUCCCUCAACCUGUGGAGCAUCAUGAAGAACUGUAUUGGAAAAGACCUGUCCAAGAUACCCAUGCCUGUAAACUUCAAUGAGCCUUUGUCGAUGCUGCAGCGUCUGACUGAAGAUCUGGAGUACAGCGAGCUUCUGGACCGGGCAGCUCGCUGCGACUCCUCCCUGGAGCAGAUGUGCCUGGUGGCUGCCUUUUCUGUGUCCUCCUACUCAACCACAGUCCAUCGCACAGCCAAACCCUUCAACCCUCUGCUGGGGGAGACGUACGAGCUGGACCGAAUGGAGGAGUAUGGUUAUCGCUCCAUCUGUGAGCAGGUCAGUCAUCACCCACCAGCUGCUGCCCACCAUGUGACCUCUCAGCGUGGAUGGACCCUGUGGCAGCAUAUCACUAUUGAUAGCAAGUUUCGUGGGAAAUAUAUUUCCGUCAUGCCACUAGGAAACAUUCACCUGCAGUUCCACUCGAGUGGAAACCACUAUGUGUGGAGCAAAGUGACCUCGACAGUGCACAAUAUUAUUGUAGGGAAACUUUGGAUUGAUCAGUCUGGGGACAUUGACAUAGUAAACAACACUACCAAGGACACCUGCCAUCUCAAAUUCUCCCCUUACAGCUACUUCUCCAGAGAAGUACCACGUAAAGUGACAGGAGUGGUGGAGGACAGAGAGGGCACAGCUCGCUACAUCCUGUCAGGAACCUGGGACGAGAAGAUGGAGAGUGCCAAAAUAGUGGACAGCAGCCAAGGAUGUGGAAACUCUGAGGGCAAACAAAAGACAGUUUAUCAGACUCUUCAGCCCAAACUGUUGUGGAAGAAAUAUCCUCUCCCGGAUAAUGCAGAAAACAUGCAUUUUUUCUCCUCCCUGGCUCUAACUCUGAACGAGCAAGAAGAGGGUAUUGCGCCCACUGACAGUCGUCUGCGGCCAGACCAGCGAAUGAUGGAGGCGGGUCUGUGGGAUGAAGCAAACGUCCAUAAGCAGCGUCUGGAGGAGCGUCAGAGACUGGAGAGGAAAAAAAGGGAUGUGCAAGCAAAUCAGGCACUGGAAGAAGGGCAAGACAUCGAGGGUUACCAGCCUAUGUGGUUUGAGAAGAGGACGGAUGAUACAACAGGGGAAAGCAUCUACAUCUACAGGGGCGGGUACUGGGAGGCCAAAGACAGACAGGACUGGAGCCAAUGCCCCGAGAUCUAUUAG